AUGAGAGCGCUCAGAGGGACUUCUCUGCUCAAGCGGCUGCAAGACAAUGAGGGUGACCGAGUGGAGACGUACCGGGAGCUGGAGAGCGUCUUGCAGGGAGAGGACGUCUGUUUGACGAGCGGUGUCCUGAACCGCCUGAUAGCAGAGGCGUCCAGUGACGUGCGAGCAGCCCAGAGCCUCAGCUAUGUCCUGGAGAUGCUGGAGGCAGUUGAGGCCCCAGUCCCACGGGGCACGGCUCUUGCCGUCAGCACCGCUGUGCACCGCCAGCUCUCUGAUGCGACCAAGGAGCUUGGCCGGGCCCAUAAGGCAGUGCUGUCCCGCUGCGUUGUGCUGCAGGCACGAAUAUGCCCCGAGGAGACGGUCCUGUUCCUACAGUCCCAGCUGAGCGGUGGGAGUGAGGCCGGUCGCGUGGCAGCCCUGGGCCUGCUGGGAGCGCUGGCCCACUCUGACGCACCUGCAGUGAGAGAGAAGCUGCCCCAGGUGGUGGAGGCCGUGGGGUCAGUGUGCAACGACCCCAGUGCCCAGGUGCGGAGGGCAGUUCUGGAGUUCAUCCGGGAGCUGCUCAGCUCCGGCUCCCAGAGCUGCUGGGCAUGGGAUGUGGUGGGGCACAUCUUCAACGAGUUCAGCCGGAGCUCGGGCAGACUGGUGGCAGGAGGCCUUUUUGCCUGGGAAACACCGGAGGAUGGAGCUCUUCGAGCUCUGUGCGUGGACAUCCUGGGCUCGCUGGAUGUCUCUCUGAGAGGGAUGACCAAACUCCUGUGGCCGAGGCUGCUGCAGUACGUGGUGCCAGCCCAGUACAGCGGCAUGCUCAUCCCACUCUCCCGCUGUCUCCGAGCCCUAGUGGAGAGGCGAGAGAGAGCAGGGUGCAAGGAAGAAGAGGAGGAGCCUGAUGCCAUGGACUCCCAGGAGCAAGCCCGGCUGCCGGCUCCCCAGGCCCUGUUGGCUCGACUGCUGGUGGUGGCGGCAGAUCCUUACGUGAGCGGCGAACGUGCAGUCGCUGCCUUGCAGCUGCUGCAGGCCCUCCAUGGCAGGAUCCACAGAGCCUUGGGGGCGGCGUGGGCGACCGAGAUCCCCCUCCUGCUGCAGUACCUGGAAGGAAAAAACGGGAGCUGCCUGGACUCUGCAGAGUGGGAGCACCGUGUGCUCAAGUUCCUGCGAGCGUCGCUGGAGCCCAUCAAGGACAAGGCCUGGACCGUGGGCCUGAGCCAGGAGCUGAGCCAGCAGCUGGGCAGCUCUGCCCCCGGCUCCUGGGAGAAGCUUUUCCUCUACAAGGCUCUUGGGACGGCGCUGGCAGCUUGUCGGGACCUCAGACACGUCCAAGGGCAGGUGCUGAGGUUCCUGCAGGAGACAAACGCCAUGGAGCUGUCUGAGGCCCAGGGAAUGAUUUCUGUUGUGUCCCACGCUGCCGAGAGCCACUUCCACUUGGUCUUGGACACGGUGACUGUGUUCUCCGCUGCUUUCACCGGAGAUGGGUUCUCUCAGACUUCCAUGGGCUGGAAGGUACAGCAGAGGCAGAAGAUGGAGAGAGCCCAGGCCAUUCGC